UCGUCAUCCUUAGUUGCCACGAUCAAAAGACGGGACACUUCCAGGAAAACAUCGACUUAUCAUCAUUCCGCCUCGCUCAGUCCAUUACUCAAAAAGUCGCAUCAGAAUGCUGCUACUCUUCGCUCUUGGGUCUAAUGGUUCCGGCCAGCUAGGCAUCGGCCACAAAGAAGACGUUUCCGUUCCAAAGGAUGCCCAUUUUGAUGCAGACCUUCCGGCUACUGCCUCCAUCACUAAGAUUGCUGCAGGAGGUAACCACACAAUCAUUUUGACUACGGCCGGCGACAUCUACUGGAGCGGAGACCCGAAUACCGGUGCCUGUGGCAAGUUCACUCAAACACAAAUCUCGCAGCCUCCUCGAUUUCACCCUGUCGAUCUUUCAUCUGUAUCAACACCCCAAGACUCAUUUAGGGUAGGUCUGGUUGCAGCUGCCUGGGAAGCAAGCAUCUUUACCCGCCUGGAUGUCCAAGGUCGCAACACCAGAGUCUACUCUUGCGGCACCGGCCUGAAAGGCGAGUUGGGCUUGGGCACUUUCAUCUUCCGUACGGCGACUCCGUCUCUUAUUCCAGAUUUUCCUCCCCCGGACACGGAAGUGGUCGAUCUUGCCGCUUGUAUGGGCCAUGUCGUUGCAGUCUUAAGCAAUGGUGACGUUUGGGGUUGGGGUAAUGGCCGGAAGGGUCAGAUCGGAGCGCCGGAGGAUAUUGUUCACUCACCCCGCAAAAUCGAGGGUUUGGGCUUCAAGGUUGUGAAAGCGGUCUGUGGAAAGGAAUUCACAUGCUUGCUGGGAAGCCCGGAAAGCGGUAACAUCUUGGUCCUUGGUUCAGACAAAUGGGGGAUCAGGGCUGAAGUUCCGGACCAGGUUGUCGGAUGGCAAGAGGUCGGUGCUAGUUGGGGCAACCUGUUCAUCUUGAAGGCAGAUGGAAGCUUGUUGAGCUGGGGCCGUAAUGACCAUGGCCAACUCGCUCCCGCGAAUCUACCCCAAACCAAACAUAUUGCGGUGGGGAGCGAACAUGCACUAGCCUUGGGCGAGGAGGGUGACGUUACAGCCUGGGGCUGGGGUGAACACGGCAACUGCGGACCGCUCAGUAGUUCGGAUGCCACAAAGGGUCAGCAGAACGUUAUUGCGUCGUCCAAGUUCAUUCCUUUGGGCGCUAAGAUAACCACCAUCGGGGCCGGCUGUGCCACCAGUUGGGUGGCAAUACAGAUGCCGUCAACCUAAAGCCUUGGGAACAGUCAAAGAUAUGCCGAGGAUGACUGAUAAGUCGUAUGUUACAGUACAUGAACUAAACCACCCCUUUAAGCACUGCUCGGUUUACUUGGUCAAGAGGAAAAUAAACCAAAGCGCCGAACCUGGUUGCCAGUUAGCCAAAGAAUAGAUAUAGGAGACAACAUGAAACAUGCCU